UGUACAGAGAGAGAAAAAAAGGAGCUUUAAAAUACGUUUGAUCUUUUCUUUUGCCAUUCUAGUCCUUUAUACGUAUGCAUGCACGCACACAGACGCACACACACACACACAGGUGAGAGUGAAUCGGAGAAGUGGGAGUGGUGCGUGUAUUUAACUGGCAGAGCAGCUUCUGCAGCGAUCCACGUCCACCACACACACACACACUCACAUCACAUCCACUCUUCACUGCAGCGUGACCCGCGGAGCAGCUCGUAGCACGGCUGUGUCGUCCUCCAUGGAUAUGAAGAGCAUGAGAGAGUAUGUGUGCUGGCUGUACUAUCAGUACCUGCUCAUCACAGGCAUCUAUGUGCUGGAGCCGUGGGAACAGUCCAUCUUCAACACUGUCCUCUGUACUAUGGUGGCCAUGGUCAUUUACACCUCCUAUGUGUUCGUACCUAUCCACGUGCGGCUGGCGCUGGAGUUCUUCUCUGAGCUGGUCCGAGGGCAGCCCGAGAGCACAGUGGCCCUCAUGAACUCACGGUGAACGGUUGAUUACUGGCUUCAAAACCCUUGUUCAUUUUCUACUCAGGAACAGACCAGCCAGAUGUAAUGAGGUGUUGUCAAAGCCAUGUUUCAAGUCUUCCACGUUUGCCUGGUUUCCCUCGGCGUCGUGGGAUUUUGUAUGCAAGGAUUUGGAUGGAUUCCCACGGGAGUUUUUUGCACAAUAACACUUAUCACAUGUGGACACUACUUUGCAAUCAAUGUCCUCAUCUUCACUGGAUAAUGAUUCUAACUCCAAAUUAGAUAUUGUUUGCUCCAGUGCAAAUUAAAAGUAGUUUUUUAUUAUUGCAUACUGAUUUCUUUUAUUCUGGGUGUUUUGUGAUCCCCUAUGCAGUGUGACUGCUCUGCAUGUUUAUUUCUGAAUUCAGAUCGCUGCACUUCAUUAUAAACUGCUGAUUCUGGUGGCGGCUGGACUGUCUUCCAUUCCUUUAGUCACUGCUGCUGAUAUAUAAUUGCAUGCACACAAAUGUUUGCAUGCAAUCUGUGCCGUGCAGAUCUGGAACAAGCCUCAUUCACACAUUGAUCAUGUGUUUGUUAAAUACCUGUGGUCAAUGUUGCAGCCACUAAAGAAUGCAGUUCUCCCAGCUCAGUUGAUCACACAUUUAGAUCAAUUCCAAAGAUUUUGGAUUUCCUUUGGCCUUAUGGAAUUAUGACUGGAGUUACCAAAAUAAAUGUAUCUUUGGUUUUCUUGGUAGUGAUGCCACAUGCUUUAAAUUAUGUAUUAUGUAACAAAAAGGCAAGUAGUGU